AUGGAGAACAAUGGUUUUCUCCCGAUGGUGGAGAAUGUUUGGUCCCAGUCUAUUAGUGGAAAUCCGAUUUCUAGACUAGCUCAAAAGCUGAAAUUUGUAAAAUUAGCUGUCAAGGCCUGGGCAAAAGGGGCUUUCCCUAAUCUAAAUGAGGAGGUGGAUAAGGCUACGUCAAAUUUAAAAAGAGUGCAGGAUUCUAUUGCUGAAUCUGGAAUGACCGACGCUCUUUUUAAUGAAGAGGCCGAUGCAAAAACUGCUCGCUUGAAUGCCUCAAAGCUGCAUGAGAAAAUGUGGUCUGAGAAAGCAAAGAUCAAAUGGUUGAAGAAUGGGGAUCGGAACUCAAAAUUUUUCCUUCUCUCGGUUAAAAUUAGAAGAUCAAAUAAUCAGAUUAGCUCUCUGUGGCGUGAGGAUGGUUCUUGGAUUUUGGAUCAUCAGGAUUUGGCAAAUUAUAUGGUCAACUAUUAUGAGAAUUUCCACUCUCAUACUCCGAUAUCUCCUCAUCAUGAGUUGCUCGACCAAAUCCCAAAAAAAUUAUCUGAUGACGAUAAUUUUUUUUUGGAAGCCAUUCCUACCAAAGAGGAAAUCAAUCAGGCGGUGUGGGACCUUGAUGCAGAUAGCUCUCCAGGGCCUGAUGGAUUUUCAGAACAGGGUGCCUUUCAGAAGGGUAAAAUCAUCUCGUCAAAUAUUGGCCUAACGUCCGAGCUAGCUAAUUCGAUGCACUCUGCAGUAAGGGGAGGCGGUAUGGGCAUAAAGCUGGACGUACAAAAGGCUUAUGAUUCCCUUUCUUGGGAAUUUUUAUUUGCCACGUUAGAAAAUUUUGGCUUCUCCCCAAAGUGGAUUAACAGGGUUCACCAGCUGCUUAUUUCAACAAGGAUUUCUAUCUUAUUGAAUGGAGGUCCAGUGGGAUUCUUUGGGGUUGGCCGUGGUUUGAGACAAGGGGACCCCAUCUCUCCUAUUCUGUUCAUUUUGGCUGAGGAAGUGCUAUGUAGAGGCCUCAAAAAUAUGGCUGUGGAAGGUAAGAUGAAAUCUCUCUCGGGUUCGAGAGGUGCUGUUACUCCCUCUCAUCUGCUUUUCACAGACGACAUUUUCAUUUUUAUGAAUGGUUUUGCCACUUAUGUUAAGCAGCUCCAUGCUUUUUUAUCCAAGUAUCAGGAGUUCUCUGGUUAG